AUGAGGCUUACAGUAGAAGGCUUACAGGUUCCUGAAGAUGAGAGGGGAAUCACUGCUUUUACCACUAUCACCAACAACGGGACCCUCACACCAACAACGGGACCCUCACACCAACAACGGGACCCCUCACACCAACAACAGGACCCCUCACACCAACAACAGGACCCCUCACUCCAACAACGGGACCCUCACACCUACAACGGGACCCUCACACCAACAACGGGACCCCUCACACCAACAACAGGACCCCUCACACCAACAACAGGACCCCUCACACCAACAACGGGACCCUCACACCAACAACGGGACCCUCACACCAACAACGGGACCCUCACACCAACAACGGGACCCCUCACACCAAUAACAGGACCCCUCACUCCAACAACGGGACCCUCACACCAACAACAGGACCCCUCACUCCAACAACGGGACCCUCACACCAACAACGGGACCCCUCACACCAACAACAGGACCCCUCACUCCAACAACAGGACCCCUCACUCCAACAACGGGACCCUCACUCCAACAACAGGACCCCUCACACCAACAACAGGACCCCUCACUCCAACAACGGGACCCCUCACUCCAACAACGGGACCCUCACACCAACAACAGGACCCCUCACUCCAACAACGGGACCCUCACACCAACAACGGGACCCUCACACCAACAACGGGACCCUCACACCAACAACGGGACCCUCACACCAACAACGGGACCCUCACACCAACAACGGGACCCUCACACCAACAACAGGACCCUCACACCAACAACGGGACCCCUCACACCAACAACGGGACCCUCACAGCGACAACGGGACCCUCACAGCAACAACGGGACCCUCACACCAACAACGGGACCCUCACACCAACAACGGGACCCUCACUCCAACAACGGGACCCCUCACACCAACAACAGGACCCCUCACACCAACAACGGGACCCUCACACCAACAACAGGACCCCUCACUCCAACAACGGGACCCUCACACCAACAACGGGACCCUCACACCAACAACGGGACCCUCACACCAACAACAGGACCCUCACACCAACAACGGGACCCUCACAGCGACAACGGGACCCUCACACCAACAACGGGACCCUCACACCAACAACGGGACCCUCACAGCAACAACGGGACCCUCACACCAACAACGGGACCCUCACACCAACAACGGGACCCUCACACCAACAACGGGACCCUCACACCAACAACGGGACCCUCACACCAACAACAGGACCCUCACACCAACAACGGGACCCUCACAGCAACAACGGGACCCUCACACCAACAACAGGACCCUCACAGCAACAACGGGACCCUCACAGCAACAACGGGACCCUCACACCAACAACGGGACCCCUCACACCAACAACGGGACCCUCACACCAACAACGGGACCCUCACACCAACAACGGGACCCUCACACCAACAACGGGACCCUCACACCAACAACGGGACCCUCACACCAACAACGGGACCCUCACAGCAACAACAGGACCCUCACACCAACAACAGGACCCUCACACCAACAACAGGACCCUCACAGCAACAACGGGACCCUCACACCAACAACGGGACCCUCACACCAACAACAGGACCCUCACACCAACAACGGGACCCUCACACCAACAACAGGACCCUCACAGCGACAACGGUACCCUCACACCAACAACGGGACCCUCACACCAACAACAGGACCCUCACAGCAACAACGGGACCCUCACACCAACAACAGGACCCUCACAGCAACAACGGGACCCUCACACCAACAACGGGACCCUCACACCAACAACGGGACCCUCACACCAACAACAGGACCCUCACAGCAACAACGGGAUCCUCACACCAACAACGGGACCCUCACACCAACAACGGGACCCCUCACAGACGCAGGAAGUUCCUCAUGCUUCUCUUCACUAA